UUAAUCGCCGUUCAUUUGUUUAUGUGUGAAGAGCAUUGUGGGUCUCCCUAACAGCUGAUCUGGGUGCUCUCGCAGCCAAGCCGGAGUUGCUGUAGAAAGUUGGUCGUGAACGAACGUUAACCCCAGGCUCGGAGUUCAGCAGCAGGGAUGGCGGAGGCUCACUCUGCCGUGGCAUUCUCGUUUGCCAUCACUCACGAGGGUGUUCACGUCAACUACGAUCGGGAAGUGCUACAUGUCAUCUGGCACUCGGGUGUUCGUUCAUGGAGACGCAGCAUCCGGCGUGUUGUGAACAGCGUACGAUGUGGCGUCUUCCCAGCAACUCUCUCAUCCCUGGCCCUUACCAUCACAGGCUACAAUGCCAUGUAUCUCACCAGAGAUCUACACAAGUCUGAUAUAGACCCGUCUUUUGGGUUGAUUGACCUUCUUAGAAGACAUAUUAAUUUAGAUGAGCCAGUGAAGGGCAUUGUUUGCUGUACAGUGUCAGGCUUUGCUGUUUGGUUUGGAGUAUUUAUUUUCAUGAAAUAUACUCUUAGAACCCUGUUCUUGUACAAAGGAUGGAUGUAUGAAGCAAGAGGAAAGGGACGGACUAUGAGUGUAGUUUCGCGAUUGUGGUUCCUUGCCGUCAAAAUGAUGACCAAGUUUUCGCGGCCUAUGUUGUACUCUUAUCAGGGAUCCCUCCCUAGAUUGCCUCUGCCUGCCCUGGAUGACACCAUGAAGCGGUACUUGCGCAGUGUCAGGCCAUUAAUGGAUGAUGAGAACUAUGAACGCAUGCAGAAUUUGGCUCUUGAGUUUCAGAAAGGAAUUGGAAAGAAGCUUCAAAGGUACCUGUUACUGAAGUCCUGGUGGGCCACCAAUUACGUCACUGACUGGUGGGAAGAGUUUGUGUACCUCCGAGGCCGGUCUCCAAUCAUGGUUAAUUCCAACUUCUACGGCACUGAUGCAAUCCUCCUGCGUCCCACUCGUAUCCAGGCUGCACGUGCUGCCAACGUCACCCACGCUGCUUUCCUUUUCCGAAGAUUGGUGGACCGACAACAGCUCCAGCCGAUUAUGGUUCAGAAUACUGUGCCUCUCUGCUCAUACCAGUAUGAGCGCACCUUUAACACCUCCCGCGUGCCAGGCGUCCAGACUGACAAGAUCGUCCAUUAUGGUGAUUCGACUCACAUUACUGUUUACCAUGCCGGAAGAUUCUUCAAGAUGCCCUGCUAUUACAAGGGGGCCCUUCUAACUCCGGAACUUCAGAUCCAAUUUGAGCGUAUCCUUGCUGACGAGAGCGUCCCAGAAAAGGGUGAAGCUUACCUAGGGGCUCUGACGGCAGGAGAGCGAAAACCCUGGGCUGAGGCUCGAAUGAGGUUCUUCAGGAAGGGAGUUAAUGCUGUUUCAUUAGAUUUAAUUAGGGCAGCAUUUGUGUUAGUGCUGGAGGAGGAGGAGUGUGAUUAUGAUGAGAAUGACCCAAGCCAGCUGGACAAGUUUGGACGUACCAUGCUUCACGGCAAAGGCUAUGACCGCUGGUAUGACAAGUCUUUCAACGUGAUUGUGAUGAAGAAUGGCAAGAUUGGUUUCAAUGCUGAACAUAGCUGGGCCGAUGCUGCGAUCAUGUCCCACCUUUGGGAGUAUGUGAUCACAAAGGACCUGAUCGAAGAAGGGUAUGAACGCAUCCCUUGUUGUGGUCUUGUUCAGGAUGAUGGCAACUGCACCGGCAAACUGACCUGCGACCCUCUCCCAACACGCCUGAAGUGGGAACUCAACCCAGAGUGUAUCCAAGUGAUUGACAACUCCUUUAAGGUAGCUGAAGCUCUCCUGAAUGACGUGGACCUAAGGCUGUACAUGCACACUCUCUAUGGCAAGGGACUUAUGAAGAAGUGUCGCCUCUCCCCAGACGCAUACAUCCAGAUGGCACUACAGCUGGCAUACUUCAGGGAUGCUGGAAAGUUCAACUUGACAUACGAAGCCAGUAUGACCAGGCUGUUUAGGGACGGAAGAACCGAAACUGUGAGACCUUGCACAAUCGAAUCGGCUGCUUGGGUUAAGGCCAUGGAGGAUAAGUCUUCUACGGAUGAAGACUGUGUUGCUCUGCUACGUAAAGCAUGUGGUCAACACCAGAGAGGUUACCAAGACGCCAUGUGUGGAAAGGGCAUUGACCGUCAUCUUUUCUGCCUCUAUGUUAUCUCAAAGUACCUUGAAGUGGAUAGUCCCUUCCUAAAUGAGGUGUUAUCUGAACCCUGGCGUCUCAGCACGUCCCAAACCCCCCAUGGCCAAACUAACAGAAUGGAUCUGACGAAGAACCCCGAUUGCAUCAGCGCUGGCGGUGGUUUUGGGCCCGUUGCUGACGACGGUUAUGGUGUUUCCUACAUCAUUGCUGGUGAAGACACGCUGUUCUUCCACAUUUCAAGCAAGAAGAGCUCUCCUGUCACAGAUUCCAAAAGGUUCGCUCGACAGAUUGAGAAGGCUCUUCUGGAUAUGAAGAAUCUGUUUGAGUCGGCACAGAAGAAGUAAAGGCAGAAAUUUACUUACAUUAUUAAGGACUGUUCAAGAUAGUUAUAUAUGCCAGGCUGCUGUAAGGGAAGACUUCACAGUUCAGAUAAUCAUUUUUAGUUGAAAUGUUGUUAUUGUGCAUAAUGUGCAAUGAAAGAGUUUUAUUCCAUAUCAUGGAAGGAAUUACAUGGCAAAAGCAAAUUAGAGGAGUUUCAAAAUUGCUUUAGCUGAUGAGAAUUCAUGUAGUUGUUUUAUUUAGCAAGAAAAGUUCUGUAACAACUUUCAUGUUAUGUUGAUAGAUCUUUAUUUUUUUUUAACCAAUGGCAAUAAUUUACAUAUAUAUGUAUACAAUAGAUUUAUUUUUAAAUACCAUAACUACAGCUACUUUUUUCUUCAAAAAAAAAAAAGUAUAAACAAAUUAUUAACAAAGUAAUGAAGCUUUUUGCUUUACAUUCUUUUCUUAUGGACAAUAUUUAGUGUAAUUAGCUAUACCCACAAUUCUUGAUUCUUUGUACAAUCCAGGUAUGCACUUUUGGCAGCUUGCCAUAUAUGCUUGAAUUAGCUUGAACUAUUCUCUGGACAUGCAGCCUUCUGUUAUAAUGUAGAGUAUUUGUGAUUUGAUCAUUUUUUCUGUAGACAGAAUCUCUGGUUUGAUAGUUUGCACAAGUUUCCAGAUGAGGAGGUUUUUUAGACAGUUAUUGUUUAAUAAUCUACAUUAUUGUUACAAGGUUAUCUCAUUAAAAGUAGUGUUAAAAAGAAAGAGUACUGUCAGGGAAUAAAUUUAAGUAUGUGCAUAACAGAAUCUUUCGAUUUUAUUUUGAUAUUGUUCUUGUUAUCAAAGAAGAUGACUUCUUGAUUACUUUCAUAUUUUCCAUGCAAAGUAUGAUGGACAACUGGUGGUAAAUUCACACAGACGUAUAUUUUUAGAGAAUGAUGCAAAAAACAAACUGCAAACAGUGUUAAUCCACAUGAUUGUGAAUGUGAAUGGUCACUCAUAUGUAAUGUGUGAUGGUCCAAUGUAAUGUACAAUGAUCCUUAAAGUUCAUGAUUUAUGAAAACUAAAUUUCGUUCUCAUAGAAAAUGACCUUCAAAAAGAAGAAAAAAAAAAGGUUAGUGUUUUCUGUAGUUUACCUGUAGUGAGAGUUGUGAUGGGUCUUUUGAAAGCAAUUAGAAGUACACUAAAAUUCUGCUUUUAAUUUCUUACUUAAACAAUUUAUGUAUAUGAAUGUGUGUAUGUUUAUAUAUUCAUGUAGAUAUGCAUCUCUAUAUGUACUGUAAAUAUAUAAACAUACACAUAUACACUUAUAAAUAUGUACAUAAAACUUGUACAUUAUACACACAUAUACAUAUGCAUGUACAUUAUAUUAAAGCGUGUGUGUAUAUGUAUUUGUGUAUAUAUAUUGUGUGUGUAUUGACAUACGCAUGCAUAUACACAUAUUUUUUUUUUGUUAGUCUCUCAAAACUUUAAAGUCUUUGUAACCAUUAUUUUAAUGUUAUUAUGACACAAGCUUUUUCUCUUGUGCCAUGAAUAAUCAAUGCAAACAUAUUCUAGUUGUGUAAAUUUUUUGGUUAAGGUAACAUGUGUUGUUUAGAUUUUUUCUCAUUCUCUGUUUAGUACAGAUUUGUUUUUUCUCUUCGAAGCAGAUUUUUAAUUAUUUAGUAUUUCACAAAAGUAGAUUGUUGUUAUUUCAUCAUAAUGUUUAUUUACUUACAUAAAAUGCAAUAUAUGAAAUAGUCUGCUUCAUGUCACAGAAUGUCGCAUUUCCUGUUUUUUAGUCAGAAGAAAACCAGAUUGCUCCCUUCCCACAGGCUAUUAUUGAAUAGUGACUGAAAUUUCCAGCCAUACUAAAAUUACAGGUUCGUUUCCAGAUGAUCAUUUAUAAAAGAAGGAAAAAGAAAAGAUAACAAUUCAUGACAGAAGCCUUAGAUCUAGAACAUAUUGCUCAGAUCCUCAGUGAAAGAAGUUGUAGGGAUCUUUAGAGCAGUGUGUAUUAUGUGGGAGGUUGAGUUUACAUUACAAAAAAAACAUGACAAAUAAGGUGUUUAUUGGUCCUAAAGUAGACUUCAUUAAAGUAAAUUGCUUAACCCAUUGCUGAUGGGCAAAAUUUUCAGUGAAAUUGAGAGAGGACAGGGGCACGCUGCACUAUAGCGCUGUGACAGGGUGAUUGAUUGACCUGUGGUAGUGUGCUUGAUAUCCGAUAAUGGAUUUGCCCGCAGCAGUCUCAGUGAUUGUUUGAAUUAUCCCAGAAAGCAGUUGCAAGAGCAUAGCAUAGUUUAGGGAUAGUCAAGGAAGUCAUUAUGAUUCCAGAUAUUUAUACACCCCUUUCAACAAUCGGACACCUUGUCACCAGUAAAACAUUGGAAAUUGGAACAGACUAGUUAUAAAUUAAUUAGGAUGAAUAACUUGAUAUGAAAAUGUUAUCAAGAUGAUGACAUUUAAACAAAGUGAAGUUUUGUAAAUGCCAUCAUAUUCUUACUGUUAGUUUCCUUAACCCAGGCAAAAGUCUCAAAAGAGUACAUGUAUUCCCUGUCAUGUAGAAUUUUUCUUGAGGAUGAGAACCUGAUGUGAAUGGGUUAAAGAGGAAGACUUUCCUUUUGUGAAUUUCCAAUGGAGCAGGUCUGGGAAGUCCUUUUACAAUUGGAUGAAUUGUUAGUGGUAAAAUUUGUAAUGGGACGCAAAUAUCAACACAGUAGGGCAGACUUGCUUUAGGAAGAUAUCAGAGAAAUUUUCUUGUUCAAAUAAUAUUCAGAAAUUUAAAGUAAGUGGGCAUAAUGUGUAUUGAAAAUGAUGACAUACUGAUUUUUUUGUUUUUGAUUUGUCAUUUUUUCAUUUUCCUUUGUAAACACUGAUUGCCCUUUUAUUUGAUGUUGAUAUAGCCAAGAUAAAAAGUCAUAAGAAAUCUUGUUUUAAAAUAUUUUAUGUAUAUAUCACAAUUUUAAUGAUUUUAAACACUGAAAAGUGUUUUAUGAGAAUUAAGAGACAGCCACACUCUUUCAACUCAAAGGUAUUUGUUUACAGUUAUAUUGUUUUUUUUAUUACUACUGUUGUUUUGUUUUUUAAUUUUUGUUUGUUUUUAAUGUGAAAUGUUCCUUAGAUGAGACACUGAAGAAGUGCUGACCUUGUUAAAUCAGUGGUGCCAGAAGAAUCCGAGCCAGCAUCCUUCCAUGGUUGUGUGUCUCAAGACGUGGGAUUUGGCUUAAAUGCGCAGUAAUACCUACUUGAGAAAUUGAAAAUAAUAAACAGUAUAAAACUUGCCACCGUUUGUAAUAGUUAUUUUUCAUGUAAACUGACAAUGGUUUAACUAAGCCAGAUUCCAGAUGUUCUCACUAGGUGCCUCAAAUAUCAAUGCAAUUAUUCCUUGAUUAACAAUGCAAUCUGACAAAGUAUUUUGUCAUAGGUAAUUGUUCUUAUAUUGUAGGUAAUCACAGUAUAUAGGAUUCAUGAUGUUAGGUGUAGCAAAUAAAGACAAAAAUAUUUUU